CAAUGCUUAACAGCUAGGCAGAGUUGACAUGCGCGUGGAAUCGCGUCCGUGAAACGAACAGGGAGAGUGCGCGUUCCUGAUCAGUAGUAGCACACUUUCAUCGUAGCGAGGAAAGUGAGUAAGUCGAGUGAUUCGUUUCGUCCACGUCUGAGGAAUCAUCCACGCUAUACACACGGUAUACACGAGCGCGCGCUCUGCCCACGAAAAUCAUUUGCACGAGUGAGAGAGCUCGUAGCAAAAAAGAGAAAGAAAGAAAGAGAGGAGUAAGCAUUAAGAGAAAGGAAGAAACAUCUCGGCGAAUUCUAUUCGAUCCAGGAAAAAUUAUCGUUUUUUACCCGUGUAAUCGGGUGGGGUGCUUGUUAAGAGAACGAAUUGUUCAAGAAAGUCGAAAUAACAAGGAAUUAAUAAUUGUGCAGCGUAUAGAAUUCUAUUCGUAUAGAAAAAUACGAAUAGAAAAAUACGGUAUAGAACAAUAUUUAAUAUCAAAUAUGUUUAAAUAUAAUAUAUAUAUAUAUGAUGUGAAUAAAGAAAGAAAGUAAAAAAUGAUUCAUGAAGUCGCGUGUCCAUUCGGUUUCGCCCUUUCCAAGGGGAGAAUAGAGGAGGCGUGAGGUAGAUGAAUCAUUGAGUCGGCCUCUGACGUGUCGAAUAAAAGAGGGAGGCGAUCGAAGAAUCAAAGCGGGGCAAGGUUGCAAACCAAUUUCCAACAAGUAAAUAAUUAUACUGAAAGAUGAGUAAAAAUAACGAGAAUGGAAUAUCUCUGGCAACACCUCCAGCUAUUCACGUUGGUCCCAUAGUGAAUCCAGGUACUAAUGAAACCAUUUCUAUCGUAAUACCAUUAGCAACUGUUACCAGUCAAAAAAUUGAAAAUUCAUGCAAAGAUUGCAAUAAAGAUGCCAAACAUUCCUCUAACAAUGUCAAUUCUCGACCAAAAAAUGAUAAAACCAAGGGAUGUCCUUAUCCUGGUUGCACCAGAUAUGGUAGAGCUUUCUCUAGAGCACACGAUCUGAAACGCCACAUUGCUCGUCAUGAAAUGAGAAAAGAAAAACUAUGUGAUUAUGAAAAUUAUAAACAACGGCAGAAUGAUAAAGAAAGUAUUGAGAGUAUAACAAAUGGAAUAAUCAAUAGGCAACAUAUUGUUUGGAAUAACGAAUCACACGAAAAAUCUUAUUCCUGUUUACACUGCAAGAGGAAGUACACUAGCGAGAUUAAACUUAAGGCUCAUAUGAGUUCUCAUGAAAAGAUUCCAGGCAAGAAUAUGUGUGCUCUAUGUGGAACAUGUUCCCGAAACGAAGAAGAAUUACAAGAGCACAUGAAACAGCAUACAGCAAACAUAUUAGAAUCUCAAGCAGCAUUAGAGAAUGGUGAAAAGGAACAACCAGACAAAGAAGAUGACUUCCUGCUCGAGGAAAUGUUACUUCUCAAUAAAAAUCCACGAAGAACUAUGCAACAAGAAAAAAAUAAUUCAAAUACAGUAUCUAAGAUAAGAUGUGACUACUGUUCCAAAACUUUCAAAACCAAAUGGACAUUGAGCUCCCACGUAGCGGCUCAUGAAGGCCGUUUUCAAUUUGAUUGCGGUCAAUGUGGUAAAAAAUUCGUCAGAAAAAGCCAUUACGAAGGUCACAUGAGAUCCCACGAGGCUGCAAGACCUUAUGUUUGCGAACAAUGUGGAAAAACAUUUAAAGAAUUGAAACACAGAAGAGAACACACUAAAAGGAAACAUCCUACCAAUCAAAACGCAAUCCAAACACUUCUGGAUAGCAUUAGCCCUUGUGGAUCUGAGGAAGUACCCGUGGAUCAAACGAAGUUCACGCUUUUGAUGCCUGUUAAUUUUUCCGUGUAGUCUUGAACAUGAUUUAUCCUAAAAUAGUUAAAGAUGAUUAGAUAAAUGCAUAAUCUUGUUAAGUAUGGAAAACGAUAAAAAUUUUGUUUUAAUAUGAUACAAGAAUUUUGACAUUAAUUUUGAUUUUAAAUUUAGAAGAUGUUAAUUCCUUUUUUAAUGAGGAUUAACGAUAAAACAGGGUUUGAAGAACUAAAGUAAGAUUUAAAAUGAAAGUUUUUAGAAAACAGUUUCUGAAGGAUUGCCCUUUUAUAAUUGUAUAUUGUGGAAUGAUAUAUAUUGUGAAAUGAAAUUUUAUGAGAAAUUAUUUUUAUGAAAUUUUUAUUAUUUUAGACUUUACUAAUUUUCAAUGAAUUAUUUAUUUCACAAUAUAUAGAAAAUUGAUGAUAUAUAGUCAUUAUAACAAUUGUAAUUAUUCUUGUACAUUCAAAAUUGCGAUUAUAUAUAAUUUAAAUAAUUUUAAGAUUCUAUUUUUUUGUGUCAAUAAUUAAACAAACUGUAUAUUAUUUCUUGAAAUAUACAGAUUAGAUAAACCAAAGACAAUCUCAACAUAAAAAUGACAUACAAGCUGUACAUAUAUGACUCUAAUAAAUCAAUAAAUCAAAAAAAAUAAAUCAUUAUAAAAAAUAAA